AUGGCUCCUAGGAAAGGAAAAGUCCAAAAGGAAGAAGUCCAAGUGUCUUUGGGACCCCAAGUACGUGAAGGCGAAAUAGUUUUUGGUGUCGCUCACAUCUUUGCCAGUUUCAAUGACACAUUCGUACAUGUUACCGAUUUGUCUGGAAGAGAAACCAUUUCCAGAGUCACUGGAGGCAUGAAAGUAAAAGCCGAUCGUGACGAAGCUUCUCCCUAUGCUGCUAUGUUAGCUGCCCAAGAUGUAGCUGAAAAAUGCAAAACUCUUGGAAUCACAGCUCUUCACAUUAAAUUGAGAGCAACUGGUGGAAACAAGACCAAAACUCCAGGACCCGGAGCCCAGAGCGCUCUCAGGGCUUUGGCUCGUUCCAACAUGAAAAUUGGCCGUAUUGAAGACGUUACUCCAAUUCCAUCUGACUCCACUCGCAGGAAGGGAGGUCGCCGUGGUCGCAGAUUGUAA